GCGAUUCCCGAGCCGCAGUGGCAGCUCGGGCGGUGCGGGGAAACCGAAAGUGGGCGGCGGCCGCGGCUGUGGCCCGGACGGAGACGGCGGCGGGAGCGGGGUCCGGAGGCGUGGGGACCGGCCGUGGGCCCCCGGAACCAGAUCUACCUCACCUCAGUGUGGGUCAUUACUAUGCACCAUGCUUCUAAAAUGGGAAUUUGGAAACUCUCUCAUCAUCCAAACCAGCUAAUCGAUUCCUGUUGACUUCACCUCCUAAUUACCACUCAAAUUGAUAUUUUGCUUAUUCCCAAGGCCCUGUUUUCAGGUGAAGAUGCUGGAAGCAGAUCUGGUUUCAAAAAUGCUACGAGCUGUUCUACAGUCUCAUAAGAAUGGAAUAGCAUUGCCUCGGCUGCAAGGAGAGUACAAAUCCUUGACUGGAGACUGGAUCCCCUUCAAGCAGUUAGGUUACCCGUCACUAGAAGCCUAUCUGAGAAGUGUGCCAGCAGUGGUCAGGAUAGAGACCAGUAGAUCUGGUGAGACUACCUGUUAUGCUGUGGCCUGCACAGAAACUGCAAGAAUUGCUCAGCUUGUGGCUCGUCAGAGGAGCUCUAAAAGAAAGACGGGGCGGCAAGUUAAUUGUCAGAUGAGAGUAAAGAAAACCAUGCCGUUUUUUCUGGAAGGAAAACCAAAAGCAACUCUCAGACAACCAGGAUUUUCUUCAGAUUUUUCCAUCAGCAGAAAGCCUAAUGCAGCUCUGUCAAGAGACAGAGGAAACUCUCUUGGAGUCAAGCCUGAGGCUGAAUUACCACCUUACACAGUACACACACAUGUUGGAAGUGAAGUAUUCAAAAGUGUUCCCAUGCAGAGGCAUGUGACCAUGCCUACCAACAACAGGUUUAGUCCAAAAGCAUCCCUUCCACCACCUUUACAGAUACAUCUCUCAAGAACCUGUACUAAGGAAAUGAGCGAUAAUUUAAAUCAGACUGUUGAAAAACCAAAUGUCACGCCUCCUGCCUCUUACACUUACAAAAUGGAUGAGGUUCAAAACCGCAUAAAGGAAAUGCUAGACAAGCAUAGCAAUGGCAUUUGGAUGUCUAAGCUUCCACAUUUUUACAAAGAGUUAUAUAAAGAAGAACUUAAUCAAGGAAUUGUACAACAAUGUGAGCACUGGCCUCAUAUUUGCACGGUGGAAAGACCUUACAGUGGUGGUCAAGACUUGCUUCUUUAUCCAGCUAAGAGAAAGCAGCUUUUGAGAAGUGAACUGGACCCUGAAAAAGUGCCUCCAUCUCCACUUCCUGCUCCAAAACAAGUAUUACCACUAGGAGGGUGUCCCACAGUCAUGCCAGGAGACUUUAAAGAGAAAGUCUCAGAGCUGCUGGUGAAAUACUCAAAUGGUCUUUGGGCCAGUGCACUUCCAAAAGCAUUUGAGGACACGUACAAAGUAAAGUUCCCCGAGGAUGCCUUAAAAAAUCUUGCCUUGCUUUCUGAUGUAUGCACCAUAGACUACAUUUCUGGAAAUCGCAAGAAGGCCAUUCUCUAUGCUAAACUUCCACUGCCCGCUAACAAAACCCUGAUGGAUGCAGGGCACGCACACGGUGACUAUGCUUUCAGGUCCAUGAUUGAAGAAGAAUAUAUGCAGAUAGAAGAGAAUGCUGUCGAAAGUGCCGAUACCAUUUUGGAGAAUGUAACGGUUCCUCCGCUAGUCAUUCCAACUGAGGCAUCCCCCUCAGUAUUGGUGGUUGAACUGAGCAACACAAAUGAAGUGGUCAUCAGGUAUGUGGGCAAAGACUACUCUGCUGCUCAGGAAUUAAUGGAAGAUGAAAUGAAGGAUUUUUACAGUAGGACCCCGAGGAUCACACCAGUCCAGACUGUGCAUGUUGGGCAGUUGCUGGCCGUCCACGCCGAGGAGGACGCUUGGUUACGGGCCCAGAUCACCUCGACAGAAGGGAACAGAAUCAAGGUAUGCUAUGUUGACUAUGGAUUUAGUGAAAAUGUUGAAAAGAGCAAAGCAUACAAAUUGAACCCAAGGUUCUGUUCCCUCUCAUUCCAAGCUACAAAGUGUAAGCUAGCAGGGUUGGAAGCUCUCAGUGAUGAUCCUGGUUUAGUGAAGGUGGUUGAAUCUUUAACUUGUGGGAAGAUCUUUGCAGUGGAAAUUCUUGAAAAAGCUGAUAUUCCACUUGUUAUUCUGUAUGAUACCUCAGGAGAAGAUGAUAUCAAUAUCAAUGCCACCUGCUUAAAGGCCAUAUGUGACAAGUCACUUGAGGCUCACCUUCAGGUUGAUGCCAUGUACACAAAUGUCAGAGUGACUAAUAUUUGCUCUGAUGGCACACUCUACUGCCAGGUGCCUUGUAAGGGGCUGAACAAGCUCAAUGACCUUCUGCAUAAGAUAGAGGAUUACUUCCAUUGUAAGCACAUGACCUCAGAGUACUUCGUUUCCUUACCCUUCUGUGGGAAGAUCUGCCUCUUCCUUUGCAAAGGAAAAUGGUUGCGAGUAGAGAUCAUGAACGUUCACAGCAGCCGGACUCUGGAUGUUCAAUUCCUGGACUCCGGCACCGUGACAUCCGUAAAAGUAUCUGAGCUCAGGGAAAUUCCCUCUCGGUUUCUACGAGAAAUGGUUUCGAUACCAUCUCAGGCCAUCAGGUGCUGUUUAGCAGAUGUUCCACAAUCUGUUGGCAUGUGGACGCCGGAUGCUGUGCUUUGGUUAAGAGAUUCUGUUUUGAAUUGCUCGGACUGUAGCAUUAAGGUUACAAAAGUGGAUGAAACCAGAGGGGUCAACCACGUUUAUUUAUUUACUCCUAAGAACUUCCCUGAUCCUCACCGCAGCAUUAACCGCCAGAUUACUAACGCAGACUUGUGGAAGCAUCAGAAGGACGUGUUUCUGAGUGCCCUCGCCAGUGACGCGGGCUCUCCCAACAGCAGAGGCGGGCACACCAUCACUGCGAGCAGCUCCGGGGAGAAUAUCAGAAAGAGCCUCGUGGAAGUCAGCAAAAAGCCCGUGGUGGAUCCCAUCAGCGCUUUCUCCACGGAGCAGCUGCCGCCUCCUGUGCACUUGGCAAAGCCAGGGGAACACAUGGAUGUGUACGUGCCCGUGGCCUGCCACCCGGGCUACUUUGUCAUCCAGCGGUGGCAAGAGAUCCAUAAGCUGGAGGUUCUGAUGGAGGAGAUGAUCCUGUACUACAGUGUGUCUGAGGAGCGCCGCGUGGCAGUGGAGAAAGACCAAGUGUACGCCGCCAAAGUGGAAAAUAAGUGGCACAGGGUGCUAUUAAAGGGAAUCCUGACCAAUGGACUGGUGUCCGUGUACGAGCUGGACUAUGGCAAGCACGAGUUAGUCAACAUCAGAAAAGUACAGCCCCUAGUGGACAUGUUCCGAAAGCUGCCAUUCCAAGCAGUCACGGCUCAACUAGCAGGAGUGAAGUGCAACCAGUGGUCUGAGGAGGCUUCCAUGGUGUUUCGGAAUCAUGUGGAGAAGAAACCUCUGGUGGCACUGGUGCAGACGGUGAUAGAAAGUGCUAACCCUUGGGACCAGAAAGUGGUGGUCUAUUUAGUGGACACGUCCCUGCCAGACACGGAUAUCUGGAUUCAUGAUUAUAUGUCAGAAUAUUUGGUAGAGCUUUCAAAAAUUAAUUAAUCGCUGCUCUGAGACCUCCACAACUAAUUCAGAUUUUCUAGCAAUAACAAAAUGUAGUAGGUUUAAAAAAAUCUUAUCUCUGCUACAUGGCUCCGACUGCUGUGGGGAUUGAAAAGAAUAUGUUAUGUUUGGUGAAAACUAUUUAAUAAGUAGUAUUUAACAGAGUUGAAUUUUCAAAAAAAAUUGCACUUGAGUUAUUACUAUAAUAUUAGAUUAAAAUGUUUAUCAAUAUAAAAACUGACUACCUCCUAAUUUCUAGGCUUUAUGAUCUUAAGAUGAAGCGUUUCCCUUUCUAUUCAUGUUGGCUUCCUUGCAGUGCUGGGUUCUUCUCCAGUUAGACUGAGAAUUUUGUGACCUAACUCUACCCUGGUGUCCCAAAGUCGCCAGACCCUGUGAAGACUAUCCCGUCUUUAGCACACCAGCAUUGCUAGUGGUGCUGCAGGAGGGCAGCCAGGCUCACCAGUAUGCCCCUCCCCCCAGUCUUGAGUGGCUUCUCAUUGCCCAGGGCCGUGGUCAGGCCCCUUGAGUGUGGCUCUUCCUAAGCCUUAGGACAGUGAUGGUGAACCUAUGACACGCGUGUCAGUGGUGACACGCGAACUCAUUUUUUUGGUUGAUUUUUCUUUAUUAAAUGGCAUUUAAAUAUAUAAAAUAAAUAUCAAAAAUAUAAAUCUUUGCUUUACUAUGGUUGCAAAUAUCAAAAAAUUUCUAUAUGUGACAUGGCACCAGAGUUAAGUUAGGGUUUUUCAAAAUGCUGACACGCCGAGCUCAAAAGGUUCGCCAUCACUGCCUUAGGAGUACCCUAAUUAAGUUAAUAACAAUGUACCUACCUAUAUAGUUUAAGUUUAAAAAAUUUGGCUCUCAAAAGAAAUUUCAAUCGUUGUACUGUUCAUAUUUGGCUCUGUUGACUAACGAGUUUGCCAACCACUGGCAGGGAGUCCAGACUGAAGACCCAGGCCUUCUACCAUCUCCCUACCCAACCUCAUUGUCCACCAUUCCCCAUGCCAGUCACACUGGACCUUUAUAUGGUCCCCGAACCCCAUGCAUGUUCAUCCAGGGUUACUGGUAUUCUCCAGCAGUGAUGUGCUGGUAAAUGUUCGACGACUAGUUCUAUUGGGUGUGGUUGGUGAACCUUGAUCUGCAAAGUGUGAUGACUCCUAUGUUGUAAAUACUCCAUCCGUUGUUCAGUUCCAGCUGACAGUGUGACAUCACUGUGUGUGGAGUUGGUGGGAGAUGCACCCAAGCGGCUCUUGCAGCCGGUACAGUGGACUCCAGUGCACCACUGUCUGUAUCCUCCACAGCUCACAGAAUGCUAUCUUGCCCGCAUCAGGCACAUGUAAUGGGUGUGCUUGCUAAGGAGUAGGCAGGGUGGAUUGACAGAGGGACAGGUUGGAGGCCUUAGCAGUGGCCUAAAGAUGAGGAGGGGAGGCUCAAGUGGAGCAAUGGGACUAAAGAAAAAAUAUUAAAGGCUUUUUGAAGUUCUUAGUUAGAAUGACUAGUACUGACAUCUUGAAUAUAGAAGAUAAGGAAAAAGAGGUGUCAAAGAGUGAUGCCGGGAAAGAAAGGAAAAAAAAAAGUUUUGCCAAGUCUUAAGGUCUGAGAGGCUAGGAUGGUGACCAUUACUCAGUGUGACUGGGAAGCUUAAAAUUUUGGUUUUGAACAUACUGAGUUUAAGCUAAUAGGCCUCUGGGUAAAGAUAUGCACAAACUAUUGGAGAUAUGGAGUGGAUUUCAGGGAGAACACCAGGCUGAAGGUAAAACACUUGAAGUCAUUUGCUUAUUUUUUGUGUGAGGAAAUUUAGGGAAAGAAAGAACAGAAAGAAGUUAAAGACCAGGUGUUUUAAGUUCUUUGUAUAAAGCAUUAAAAUUAUCUUUCUAGCUUUUUAAAAUGUAUAUUUAACAUUUAUAAUGAAAGUGAUUCAAAAUUCAGGAAUGCUUAUGCCAGUGAUUUAAGUAAUUAUUUAUGAUAAAGUAAAAAAGUCUGACAUAAAUGUGUAAGUGAAAUAAAGUAGUAUAAAUGUU